AUGAGUGACUAUGACAGUGAUGGUGACAGAGUCGUUAAAAUCCGCGGUGAAUCAACAACUAAGUUAAGCCACCAAAAACAAAAGUUUAGAGGAAGCUGGCAAAUAGAUCCUAAAUUUAAGAAUUGGCUGGAACCAGUUAAAAAUAACGAUUACAAAGCAUUUUGUCGUUACUGCCAGGUACAGUUUGUUUCUGAAUUGUCUACAUUAAAGAAACAUUCCAAGUCUUCAAAGCAUAUAGGUAAUGUUAAAUCAGUGAAUGAAUCGUCGUCAAUAGCAUAUUGCUUUACUAAUGUUGUACAGCUGAAAAAAGAAACUGAAGCAAUAAAACUGGCAGAAAUAAAACUAUGUGGUUUUAUAUCUGAGCAUAAUAUGUCUUUAAAUUCCAUCGACUAUUUAACUGGUGUACUAAAAGAGUCUUUUCCUGAUUCAAAUAUUGUAAAAGGAAUCAAUUUAGGAAGAACAAAAGCAACAUGUGUAAUAAAAAAUGUUAUAGACAAGUGCCAUAAAGAAGAAUUAACAAUAAAUCUAAAAAAUAAUUGUUUUAGUGUUAUUAUUGAUGAGAGCACGGAUGUUGGCACUCUUAAAACUUUAUGUAUAUGUGUGCGUUAUUUUAAUGAACUUACAUGUAAAGUAGAAUCAUCAUUUUGGAGCUUAAUACAACUAUUUACUGACAGUCAAUCUGCUAAUGAAGGAGCAACUGCCAAUAUGAUUUAUUCAGAAGUUAUGAAAUCAUUUGAAAUACAAAAUAUUCCUUACAACAACAUCAUAGGAUUUGCUUCCGAUGGCUGUAAUGCUAUGAUGGGCAAUUGGAAUAGUGUUGCAAGUAGAUUUAAAUCUGAUUUUCCAGGAGUUUUCAUACAAAAGUGCAUUUGUCACUCUUUACAUUUAUGUGCAAGUGAAUCAUGUAAAGUUUUACCUAGAAGAUGUGAGGAUCUCUGCCGUGAUGUGUAUAAUUAUUUUAAAUCAAGUUGUAAAAGGAUUUCACAAUUUAAAGAGUUCCAAUUGUUCUGUGAUGUUGAGCCUCAUAAAAUUUUAAGGCCAUCUCAAACAAGAUGGCUCUCAUUAGAAAAUGUUGUGUGUAGGAUUCUAGAACAAUGGGAACCAUUGAAAAUGUUUUUCAGAGUACAAAGACAUGAGGAUAAACUUGCUUCAGCUGAUAAAAUAUAUGAUUAUUUGAAUGACCCUUUGAUUUUAUUGUUUUAUAAUUUCCUAAAAUGGGUGUUACCUAAAUUUACUACAUUAAACAAAUUAUUUCAAAGUGAAAAAGUCGUCUUAACAUCUAUGCAUAACAGAAUGGAAGAAACAUAUACAGAGUUGAUUUUUUCAUACAUGAUUAAAAUGAAUAAACCACUAGAAGUCUCACCUGAUGAUAGAUCAAAAUUUUUACCCAAUGAACAGAUGUAUUUAGGAAUUGGUGUUAUGAAUGAACUGAAAAAAACAGAAAUCUUUUCAAAAAAGGAAAUGUUGAAGGAAUUCUACGAAAGAUGCAGACAAUUUUUAAUAACUGCUUGUCAACAAAUAAGAAAAAGAUACGAUUUUAAAUGUUCUAUUCUGAAGAAUAUGCAACAUUUAUCUCCUCAAAAUGCAUUAAGUAAACAUCGACUAGUAUCAUUGAAUUCAUUUUUUGAUGAUGUUCCUAGAAUAAUUAACAGGUAUCAAGAUAUAGAUCUCCAGAAAAUAGACGAUGAAUGGAGGAAGUUGGUAAUUGUAGAAAUAGAGCCAUCUUUAAAACAAAAUCAUGUUGAAGACUUUUGGGUAUACUUAUAUAACUGGCAAAUUGAAGGAGAAUAUAAAUUUAAAAAUGUAGCAAAAUUUGUAUUACAAGUAAUAAGCUUACCACAUUCUUCAGCUGAGUGUGAGCGAUUAUUUUCAAAGGUAAAUCUAAUCAAAACAAAAAUCCGUAAUAAGCUUCAAACUGAAACUUUGAAUGGCUUAUUACUAUCAAGUCAACGUGUUAAGCAGACAACAUGUGUAAAAUUUCAACCUACUAAAACAAUGAUAGAUUCAAUGAACACAACAAUGUAUAAAGAGACUGAAGAUUUAGAUGUUGAAGACGUUGAAGUACAUCAUUUGAAAGAUUUAACUAUAUAA